CGGACCGGGAGCCGUCCGUCAGGGUGUGGUUUGUUAUUUUUAUCAGCAGUUUCAGUCGAGCUGUUUCAGGUGACGACUGCGGCAGCGACAGCUUGUUUUUGCAGAUUAAGAACCAGCAGCGAUGUCUUCCAGUCCAAAGGGGAGUCCACCUCCCUACGAGCCAGACCAUGAAUAUUAUCCCCCCUCUCAGCCGGCCUAUUCUUACUACCCUGAUGAUGAGUUCCAGCACUUCUACCGCUGGACGUCCCCACCGGGCAUCCUCAAAAUCAUGGCCGUUCUCGCCAUUGUGAUGUGCGUGGGCAUAUUUGCCUGUGUUGCCUCCACACUGGCGUGGGACGGUGAUAAUGCCAUGGCCGGCUUUGGGUAUGGGGGAGGCACCUAUGGUGGCAGCUACGGCAGCUACGGCAGCUAUGGCAGCUACGGAGGCGGAGGAUAUGCCCCUGGAAACAGCUACGGCUAUGGUGGAAUCGUAGGAAACUACAAUGACCCGCGUUCAGGCAAAGGGUUUAUGAUUGCAAUGGCAGCCAUCGUCUUCAUCUUCACCCUGGCCGUCUUCAUCAUCAUCGUGUCCCACCAGAGCCUAUCACAGAGCAAGAAGUUCUACCUGGCGGUGUUGAUCAUCUGUGCUAUCCUAGCAGUGCUGAUGUUUAUUGCCAGCAUAGUGUACCUGAUGGCGGUGAACCCCAUGGCUCAGUCUACUGGGUCGGUGUACUCGGCCCAGAUUGCUGGUAUGUGCGCUCAGUACCAACAGCCGCAGGUCUCAGGAAUGUUUGUCAAUCAGUACCUGUACCACUACUGCGUCCUGGAGCCACAAGAGGCCAUUGCCGCCGUGUUUGGCUUUCUGGUGACCGCCGCUCUGAUCAUCAUGCUCGUCUUCGCCCUGAAGACUCGUCAGAGGAUCGGAAACUACGGCAAGAGCAACAUUUUGUGGAAGAAAGUCAAGGUCGUGAAUGAGAUGGAUCCACCUCAAGAUGUGGAGGCGUGGGUAAACAAUGUGUCUGCUUCCCCGGAAGAAGUUCCCGUUUCAGACUACCCCGAGAAGCUGAGGGGCUCCAGGAGUUACCUGGACAAUGAAAGCGACUACGACCGGCCUCCAUCAAGCCACAACUCACAGCUUGUAGCCAAUAAUGUGCCCUUGCAAAACGGAGCUCCGUCCAGCAGUAUCUCAGAGGUCGCCAGCUCAGCUGGACAGCCCAAGAAGAGACGUGCAGGUCGACCUCGUCGCACCGACGGACAGGACAACGACACGGACUAUAACUCGUCUGGAGACGAGCUGGACGACGACGACUUCGACAGUGAAUUUCCCCCGGUAGCAAAUGAGCAGGAGCGCAAUGACUACAAGCGGGAGUUCGACCGCGACCACCAGGAGUACAAGGACCUGCAGGCAGAGCUGGACGCCAUCAACAAGGACCUGUCUGAUGUGGACAAAGAACUGGAUAAGCUGGAGGACGGGAGCCCACAGUUCCUGGACGCUAUGGAUGAGUACAACAGGAUUAAGGACCUUAAAAAGUCUGCAGAUUAUCAGAUGAAGAAGCGCAGGUGUAAAUACCUGAAGACCAAACUGAACCACAUCAAGAAGAUGGUGAGUGAUUACGACCGCAGGGCCUGAACUGAUCAGCGAGGAUGAAUUUGUCUGUCCGACUCGAGGCAGAGGGGACUACUUUAAGUCUGGUUAGGCACCCCUUGGAGGACGGGGGACCCUGCAGGACGAAGCAACAAACACCAUGAACACACAACGGGCUGGUUGUGUUUAACCUGCAGAAACAAAUAUUGAGUUUUGAGCCACCGUUUGUGUUAUGAUUAUGUAAUGUUUGUAUUUAUUCUGCCUCAUGUGAUCAAAACAUCUACUGGAGGAGUUUCAGUCUGCAGCUUAACUGUGGAUUCAAUAUAAAUUCAUGCAUAAUCUCAGAUUUUUCCUGCAGUGAAUCAGUUUUACUGCAUUUUAUUCUCACUUUUAAUAAACUUUUUUAAAGAAAAAAAAUGUAAUAUACGCAUGUAAAUAUUUGGGAAACGUUUUUAGCGGUUUGUGGAUGAACGUGUGUUUUAUUGUUGGCAGGGAAACAUGCAUUACCAUGACGAUGGUCUGUGAUGUAUUUUUUUAUUGUAAUAAAAUCCUUUAUUGAACACUUAAACGCUUGGGAGCAGACCAUUUAAGUUACAGCAGACAUCAGUUUUUUACAGUUUUUGUUUUUUAAGCCACAGAAUUGUUCACAGCAGCUUUGAUGUCUAAUAUGUUUGUUGGAAAUUGCUGCUUUGCUAUGAUUUUUUUUCAGCAGCAUCACUCGGGAAUAUGUUAGCAGUAAAUGAGGCUUAUGUGUUUAAUCAUCAUUAAAAUGAAAAAUGUUGCUUCUGAUGA